GACGCAGAGAAAUUGAUCUUCGGAAGUGAGGGGAACCGAAGAGAGGAGGAGCGCAAAGAGAGAAAAGGAGAGAAGAAAGCUUAGUCAUCUGGAACAAUUCUCUACGAGUCGGAAAAUGUUGAAUUUGAUAUUUUAGGAGAAGGAGAAGAACACAGAUGGAUACGUGGUAGGGGAAAUUGAUCAUCGCGAGAGGCCAGAGGGGACAGGAUUCCAGAGAUGCUGCAUCUUCGUUCAAGAAAUCUCAAGAGGAUGGUCUGUCUCCUCCAUUAAUGGCUAAACCCUCUAUCAGGACAGGGAAAAGAGGAGUUAGAUUAAGGAUGGACAAAAGCUGUUAAUAGUUUUGAAGAUAAGCAGUUCACAAGGUCAUCCAACAUGGGGACAAGAGCAGCAGCAUUUACUGCCAAAAUACGGAAUCUCAAUGAUUUCCAUACACGGCUUCUCCACGGGGUAGUUCCAGCUCCUUCAGGGCUGGACAUUGCAAAUACUUUGAAAUACUUCUCACAGACGCUACUAGGUGUACUACGAGAAAUACAAGAACGUCCUGUAGAUAUGCUUCGACAUCGUGAUCAAGAUACAAUUCGUCUUGCACUUUUUCCUAACCUAGACUAUGCAGGCUUACACCAGUCUAUUGUGGCGUUAGUUGAUAUAAUGCCCCUUAUACAAUAUGGCACUCAAGCUCCAAGCAAUGCUGAAUACGCUAGCUGUUAUCCUGAGCGCAAAGUGAUUGAUACAUUGCCAUAUCUUGUUGCAUCCAUGAUGACCUCCAUUCCGGAGUCUCUCCACCAACAGCUCAUCACCAUCCUUUGCUAUCAUAUUUUACCUGUAACAGUAGGUGCUCCUGCUGUUGAGGGUGAAGAAGAAAACUAUGCUGCAGCAUCUGUUCCAGCAGUAUUGAUGAUGAUCUUUCAGUACACAGAUAAUUCAGCAUACCACUGUCAGCUCCUGGAGUGUCUUAUGUCUCUUAAAUCUGACAUUGCAAAGGACUUGCUCUGUGUGAUUGCAUAUGGGACUCCAACAUCCAGGUCUCCAGCAGCAAACCUCCUCUUUUAUUAUUGGCCAAGUCUAAAUCCAACCCUUUAUGACAGAAGGGGCAUACAUAUAAAAUUUAGUGGACUCAGUACUUCCUUUGGAGAAUAUGUUAGCCUCUAUGUAGAGGCUCUUUCACAAGCUGUGGCAAGAUUUCCUCCAGUCAUCGAGUGUGAUGUUCAAUAG